UCCUCCUUUGAAGAUUCGGAAAGGAAUAAUCCUAUAAUUUCUCCUCUUCUUAAUUAUUUCCCAUGGAUAUAGAAAAUGCCGGUAGCAGAAGAGAAGAAGAAGAACCCAUUGUUCAAAAGCCAAAGCUAGACAAAGGAAAAGGCAAAGCUCAUGUGUUUGCUCCUCCUAUGAACUACAGUCGAAUCAUGGAAAAACAUAAGCAAGAAAAGGUGAAUAUGGCCGGCUGGAAAAGAGGUGUAGCAAUCUUUGAUUUUGUACUUAGACUCAUUGCAGCCAUUACGGCCAUGGCCGCUGCAGCAAAGAUGGCAACCACCGAAGAGACUCUUCCUUUCUUCACUCAGUUCUUGCAGUUCAGUGCUGACUACACCGAUUUACCAACGUUGUCAUCUUUCGUUGUAGUAAACUCAAUCGUGGGCGGUUACCUAACCCUCUCAUUGCCUUUCUCCAUUGUCUGUAUCAUCCGGCCUCUCGCCGUGCCGCCUAGGCUCUUCCUCAUCUUAUGUGACACGGCGAUGAUGGGCCUCACAAUGAUGGCAGCAUCGGCUUCUGCAGCGAUAGUUUAUUUGGCGCACAACGGGAAUUCAAGCUCGAAUUGGCUUCCGGUUUGCCAGCAGUUUGGUGACUUUUGCCAAGGAACGAGCGGCGCCGUGGUGGCUUCCUUUAUUGCAGCGGCUCUUUUGAUGUUCCUCGUCGUCCUCUCUGCAUUUGCACUCAAGAGAUCGACUUAAAAGCUUGUAAUGAAAUUCAUUUGUGUGAAAAUUUUAAAAGGGUCAGAUGUAUGAUUUGUUUCUUAUUGUGUUGUGUAACUCGAAUGUACUGUGGAUCAUGUUGUAAAUCAGUUUCAUCUUACACAUAGUUUGUUUUUGUUUUUUCCCAGCAUAAAUUGUCGUUUGAAAGAGAGCAUUUAUUUACCUGA